AUGCUGCAUAUUUUAGCGGACCCUCCACGAAAGCGUAUUGACAGUUUGAAGCUCACUUUGAACGGAUCCUCUCGGCUUUCGUUGGGAAAUUUGAGUGAAGGCUCCCCGCUCUCCGGUCGACGAGGUUUAGCUGUACAGAAAUUACGGAAAAAAUCCUUUUCCACCGGCUUGGAUAGUCAAUCUAGCACACCGGCUGUCAGUCCUUUGGGUUCCCCACUCUCGUUGCAACGGGUUCAUUGUCGCACCUCGAGCUGCGAAAGUACCGGAACCAUAUUGUCCACUCCGAAUUCGCUCACCAUCCCCGCACCUUAUCGUGGACCGGUACCAAUAUGUAUGCCUGCUGGCACACGGCAUAUGCCUGCUAUCCUGUGCUCUGGAAACGGGAUAACUGCAGUCACAACCGCUGUUGCCGCUCUGGCGGCAAACAACACGAGCAGUGGCAAUAGCAAUAAUUCGGGAACGCUUGCUCCCAAUUCAGUAGUCCCGCCGUCCAAGUUCAAUCCCCAUUCCACUGUACCCGCGGAAACGUUGAGCAUACCAGCUGUGGUGAGCAGCACUGGUGCCACUUUAUCCGUGGGUCACGCCCAUCCGAAUUUGAAUGUGUACUGUUUCAGCAACAUUCCUGCCCCUCCACCAGUACCUGGACAACCCGGAGCACCUCCAACAUUACAUCCCUCUACUCUGACACCACCAUUUGUGCCCACAAUGCAUCUGCUCGCACCUCAUAUCCAUCCUCACCACCCCACGGCUUCCGGUCAUCAUCAUCAUCACCACCACGCUUUCACCGCCGGUCCCACCUACCUUAUUCCUACCAUGCCUCCGUUUCACACUCCAGUACGUAUGCCCCCUCCACCUCCGUCCGCCUGCGCUGGUCCUGGUCCGACUCCCACAGCACUACUAUCCCAACCCGCCUGUGUAUUGCCGGCUCAGAACCCCGUAACUACAACCGAGGGUCGGUCGAUCAGCACCACGCCAACACCCACUUCAAACUCAAUUCCUUCAUCCGAUGCUGUCGUGGACACUGCUAGUUCUGAGACAGUUGCCGGAAUUGUAUCAUCUUCUGAAUCGGUUUCCAAAACGAAAGAUACAGAAGCCAAUAAUGGCGUAUCCGAGCCAGACUCCGUUAAGGAGAAGGAACGGGAUAAGUUGAAUAAAGAAGAUAAACCGGACCUUUCAGAGCAACUGAUCAAUCCCGCGGAAUCUUUCACAGUUCCGAACAAUGCAACAAUGACACUGAGGACGAAUAUGGUCAAUACUUCACCAAAUACAGCACCAUCCUCCCCAGUGGACCUAGUCCCAAGUCGCCCGAAACGUUCCUCUAUUCCCACAAAUUCCCCUCCUGCGGCGUACACACAUCGCUACCUGCGUGAUACUCCAGCGGUACCCCUGGAUGGCAAGAUACGCUCUAAUGGAACUGCUGUCUCCUCGAACAGUCCGACAAACGGGAAGCAGUCCACAAAAUCACAAGCUCCAUUACUCACCCCAUCCUCCUCUUCCUCACCAUCAGCCUCUCCUCCAGCUAUGGCAGAGAAACGCAAAUCCAACACGGCAGAAGACCCCGGCAGCAAGUCUCAUGAUUCCUCACAUCCUAGUCCCAGUUUAUCCUCGCCCACUGGUCGCACGCGUCAUGUGAAUUCCGUCUCUCCAGCGGGAAGCACGAAUACCAGCACAGCAACCACACCAACCAGCCCGAAUGCUUCCAGUGGAGGACAGCCUUGGCGUGUAAAACUGAAUAAUUUUCGCAUGUCGUUCCUUGGGUCUCCUCGAUUUCAUCGGAAAAAGUCCGGUCUUGUGUCUGGAGUGGAUGAGACACCACCCGGAAGUCCAAAAGUGACCACAGGAUUGUCACAAACAGGAAGCCGACCUGGUUCUGGUCGAUCUGCUACCACAGAGCCGUCACCUUUAUUAACACACAAGUCCUGGUUUGAUGGUUUCCUGAGCGCUGCCUCCGGUCACGUGAUUGUCAAAGGCAGUCAGAACGCAUACAAUGCAGCUGCAGCUGCAGAAGACGCAGCUGCAUUGGCUAUUUCAACCAAUGCGAAAUUGAGUGAAAGUGCUACCAUACCGAAAACAGCCGACUCCGAUCUCGCAAAAGUUGCUGCGACAGGUAUAGUGGUACAAUCAAGUGGUGAUCGAAAAGAUUCCGAUUUGACCCUGCGCUCACCACGGACUACCACCGUACCGGAAACAAGUCUUAGUCCACUGUCUGAUUCAGGUCAACCCCGUACGCGCUCCGCACGCCCCGUGACAAUCGGUGACACAAGUUCUGGUUCGACUGCAGCUGUGACCGAACAAGUGACGGGAACGACGACGACCGGGGAUGUAUUAUGUGUGAUGACCAAACAGUCUGAGCGCCGUAAUACAAAGGGAACAACAUGUACCUCCGGUCCAACAUCCGCACUUCCCGAGGAAACCAAUCAUGUGAUUAUGAUCAAGGGACGCGCACUAAAUCGGUUAAAAGCGGAACUUGUCCAGGUAUAUUUCAGGGUUUUUCUAUGCUCGUGA